AUGGGUGAAGGCUCUAGCAGGCCGGAACCAGAAGAUCAUCCUGACAUCAAUUCGUACAGUUUCGAUACCUAUAUAGUCGGAGUCAUCAACGCUCUGAAAGAAAUUGGGCAACCUGUGAGGUGGCCUAGAAAGAGCGGUAAGUCAGACCACCAAAAAGAUAAAUCUAGGUGGUGUGAGUAUCAUGGAGAUCAUGGGCAUAGGACCGAUGAAUUUAACGGUCUAAAAAGAGAGGUAGCUUGGUUGCUUAAAAAGGGUUACCUGAAAGAUCUCCUAGGCAAGAAAAGAAAAGGGCCUGAAGUCAAAAAAGAAGCCUUGCCAGGUCCGCCAGCUUCACCUCCGCCCAGCGUCGUGAUCAGCGCUAUAUCAGGAGGAUCUAGCAUAAGCGAAUUGACCUUUUCUCAUGCGAAGAAGAUAGCAAGGGUCGGCACAUCAGCUUCUAGCAUCCCUCAAACCUAUCCUAGCAGAGAAGAGAAAUCGUUAGAUGAGAUGAAGAUAGUGUUUGGUGAAAGCAGAUUCAAUGAGCCAGAGCAUCAUGAUUGUCUGGUUAUUUCCCUCCAUGUUGGUCAUUGCAAGAUGAUCAAAGGGUGUUGGUAG